AUGGGGUCUCCACGGCUACAGUUGGCCCCCACCGGGUCGCUCCGUUCCUCCUGAUCCUUGGAGAAGACACAGCAGUGCACGUGUUCCUUCCAUGGGACGCCCACAUCCUCCACAGUGAUCCUUGGUCCCUGGGCCAGCAGUACCAUCAGCCUGCCCCAGGAUCCAAAACCAGCAACUAACCUACUAUGUAAGGCAAAGAAAAAAAAUGGGAUCUAUUCUUGGAGCAUUCUGUUGAUGUCAAAUGAGUAG